AUGGUUGCCAGCCUAUUGGCCCAUGAAGUCAUGAUGCCUAAUCUCUCUCCACCUGCACCAAUUCCCUGUGAAGUAUGUACAUAUCCAUCUCAUGGUUAUCAUUUUAAAGUUAUGUCAUGUAGAGCCUGUGCCGCCUUUUAUAGAAGAUCACUAAUUGCUGGAUUACGAUACAUCUGUAAAGGAAGAAAUAACAACUGUCAUAUUGAUAGUUCUGUCAGAUACUUUUGUAAGUCAUGUCGGUUUCAAAAAUGUCUGAAAUCUGGAAUGAGUGCGGAAAAAAUUCAACAAAAUCGAGAUCCGAUCUCGUCUACAAUCCCUGGUGCAUCGGCAGAUUUUUUGCCACCAGUUAUAGAUGAAUCCGUCAAAAAAUCGAUGUUCGAUGGUCCAUUGUAUGAUUUUGAAAGUUUUAUAGGCAAAAUAAGAGCAAUUUUCGCACAAAAAAAUUUUCCUAUUGACGAACCUAAAUUGUCCCCUUUGAGAGAAAUGGAACAAGGUCUGAAGUUUAUAAGAAGGAAUCAAAAACGAAGAUUUAUAGAUAUUGCCGAUGAGAUUGACUUUGAAAAAAUUACAAAAACUCGUCUGGGAGUAAUCAAGGACGCUGCCACGUGGCUGAUGUACUCUUCAUUUUUCCGAAAUUUAGAAGAAAGAGAGAAACUGCUGAUUCUGAAGACGACGUGGCAUGUUUGGGGUAGAUUGGAGCUUCUGUCUAUUUCAGUGGAGAUAUUCGGAGAGAAAGUUAGCAAAGAAAAGAUAGUUUUUAUAUCUGAAAACGAAGCAGUCUACUUGAUUGAAAUAUUCCGAAACAACCUUAUGAAUUUGGAUCCAAAAGAAGCUGAAGACGUUGAUAAAGAAAUCCAACCGUUGUUCACUGCAGUUUUUGAUGACGUGGCAGUGAAGCUAUCUAGUCUGAAUGGAAGUCUCAUAGAGGUUGCUUAUAUGUUGUGGCAAAUGAUUUGGUGUGUUGCAGGAAAAAUUCUCACUGGUUCUUCUCUGACCGCUGGCGAAAAAUUUCUGGAUGAAUUGGCUUCUGAUCUCCACGACUAUUACGAAAAUGAUCUCAAAAUAGAAAAUUAUGCGACUCGGGUUAUCAAAAUGAUGUCAAUUAUACGGACUCUUCAGAAAACUUAUAUUGAUAUUCAUCGUGUCAUUGAUCAUGCUAACUGUUUUAGACGGUUCUUUGUGGCGAAAUAA